GGCGGCUGCCGGGAACGCCAGGAUGAUCUCCUGCCUCCUUGAUCUCGUGGCCUGCACAGCCGCCGAUGAUGAUGAGGCGGCAGCGAUAAUGAAGGCGUUGGUGAGGACGCAGAACAAGCGUGGGGAGACCGCGUUGCACCAGGCGGUCCGCGCUCCUGCUGCCACCAAGGUGGCCUGCGUCGACCGGCUCAUGGACGUGGAUCCGGAGCUGGCCUGCAUCCCAUUCCCACAUCAGCAGGAAGAUGCAGCAUCCCCACUGUACUUGGCUAUCUCACUGGGUGAGCUCGGGAUUGCACGGCAUCUACAUAGCAAGAGUAAAGGCAACGUGUCUUAUUCCGGACCAGAUGGACGUAACGUCUUGCAUGCAGCGGUUCAUCGUGGCCAAGCGGCAGCGCUGCCUAUGGUUUUGGAAUGGCUCAAGAAGGAUCCGAAGGCGAUGGAGGACGACGACAUGCCGCGGCAGCAAGAAGAAGGCCAAGGGCACGCUGAUCUCCUGUCGCAUCUGACUAGCCAGAGGGACAAGGAGAACGGGAGCACCCCUCUUCACCUGGCUGCAUCAUGGAGUGGCUUGCCUUCGGCAAACUGGUUCCACAGAACGCACCCAUACUUUUGGGGAUGGUCAGGGUCACCAGCGAGGAUGCUGCUGGACGCUAACGAGUCCAUGGCGUACCAGCCAGACAAGAGAGGGUUGUACCCCAUACACGUCGCAGCGGGUGCCGGCAGCCUCCGCGUGGUGAAGGCGCUGCUAGGAAAGUGCCCGGAGUGCGCCGUCCUGCGGGAUGCCGAGGGAAGGACCUUCCUCCACGUCGCUGUGGAGGAGGGUCGCUACGGCGUGGUCAAAUACGUGUGCCGCCAGAAUCCAGGUUUAGCCUCCUCCUCAAUCCUGAAUGCGCAGGACAAGAAUGGGGAUACUCCGCUGCACCGCGCUGUCCAUGCUGGGUACUCGGGAAUCUUCUACUGUCUAGUUCGCAAUCCGUGGGUUCGCCUGGAUGUGCAGAAUAACAAGGGCAGGAGACCUAUUGAUGUUUCAUGGAGCACCAUGCCUUUAAGGGUUUACUAUGCAUGGGAUCCAAGAAUACACAUACAGAAAUAUUUACUAAGAGUGGGAGCUCCCUAUGGUGAAAGUCGUGGUGACCUCUUCGGCCAAAAGCAUGUUCUCCGCAAAGAAGACGAGGACAAGAUAUCGGAGAAUCUAACAGCUGCAGUACAAGUCAUGUGCAUUUUUUCCGUCCUGAUUACAACUGUGACAUUUGCAUCGGCUUUUACGUUGCCCGGAGGCAGCCGAUCAGCCGGCGACGCCGGCGGUGGUGUCCCCGGCACACCGGUGCUUGCGGGGAGCAGCUACGUUUUUGAUGCGUUUAUCCUGUCCGAUGCUCUGGCAUUUAUCUUCUCCCUCUACGCCACCUCCCUCCUGCUCUAUGCCGGGGUGCCUUAUGGGACACUCAACGCCCGCUUCAGCAAUAUUAAUCUUGCGUACACCCUGCUGUGGCAUGCUGGAAGAAGCUUGCUGGCUGCUUUUGCCCUAGGCCUCUACGUCGUGCUGCUUCCAGUUGCCCGCACCAUUGCCAUUGCGGUCGCUGUCCUGAUGGUUAUCAUUGCAAUCGGGUUCCUCAAGGCUUCGGAGGGCAUCAACUCUAUGAUUGUGAUCGGAAGAAUCCCGAUACCGGCAGUAUGGAAUGUUGUGUUAGGAUGGGUCGUUUAUGUGUUAGACCACUUUUGGUCCACCAUAAUAAUCUUUGGCCUCCCAGCUAUUCGCAAGUGGGGAAACUUACCUUAAGGUCGUAUGAGGUAGAGAGUAUAAUGCAUCCAUUGCCAUGUAUAAGCUAACAUUCAUCAGUACUACUACUACAUAGUCGUCGUCCGUGCGCACGGGUGUGUAUUGUAUAUAUUACGCCAGUUUUAAUGGAGAGCAUCCAGU